AUGUUUGAGUCACUCGCCCGUAAAAUGAACAGUGCUCAAAAUAUGAACCCGGCGAUUGGGUUCAAUGCCACUCUCACAUUUAUUACCUACCCUCAAAAAGGUGGCAAAGGUAACGCUUCUAAAAAUCCAAACCGUUUACCCUUUGAUUUGAUGCACAAAAAGAAAGAUUGCAUGAUCAAGAUCACAAACAUCGAUGAUUUAUGCUGUGCCCGUGCCAUAGUCACGAUGAAAGAGUAUGUGGAUGGUGACCCUGACAAGCAAUACGCUAAUUUACGAAGAGGCAGACCCAUUCAAGAACGCUUAGCCAAGCAGCUUCACCAAGACGCUGGUGUACCAGAAGGCCCUUGUGGUUAUGAGGAACUACAAAAAUUUCAAACGUUUCUAGGACCCCAAGGCUAUAAACUCAUUGUGGUAGAUUACGUUUCUUGUGCGUGUAUUUUUCAAGGCAAUGUGGAUCAGUAUAGCAAAGUCAUUUAUUUGGUCAAACACGAGAAUCACUACAAUGGCCUACGAAGCAUGAUUGCGUUUCUGAAUCGAUCCUAUUUUUGCCCUGAUUGCUGUCAAGGGUUCAAUACAGACGACGCAGCUCAUCAUUCAUGUAAGGGUAAAAAUUGA